AUGACUUCAAAAGCCAUCGGCAUUGACCUCGGUACAACUUACUCCUGCGUAGGAGUAUGGCAAAACGACCGGGUCGAAAUCAUCGCCAACGACCAGGGCAACCGCACCACCCCUUCCUAUGUCUCGUUCUCUGACACUGAGCGUCUCAUCGGAGAUGCCGCCAAGAACCAGGUCGCGAUGAACCCCCACAACACUGUCUUCGAUGCUAAGCGUCUCAUUGGUCGCAAGUUCGACGAUGCUGAGGUGCAGGCCGAUCUUAAGCACUUCCCGUUCAAGGUCAUCAGCGUGGGCGGGAAGCCUAUCGUACAGGUCGAGUUCCGUGGCGAGACGAAGACUUUCUCCCCCGAGGAAAUCUCCUCCAUGGUUCUCCUGAAGAUGAAGGAGACCGCGGAAUCUUACCUCGGCCAGACCAUCACCAACGCCGUCGUCACUGUUCCUGCUUACUUCAACGACUCGCAGCGUCAAGCCACCAAGGAUGCUGGUGUCAUCUCGGGCUUGAACGUGCUCCGUAUCAUCAACGAGCCCACCGCUGCUGCUAUCGCCUACGGUCUCGACAAGAAGACCCAGGGUGAACGUAACGUGCUCAUUUUCGAUCUCGGCGGAGGAACUUUCGAUGUGUCCUUGUUGACGAUUGAGGAGGGUAUCUUCGAAGUGAAGGCCACCGCCGGUGACACCCAUCUUGGUGGUGAAGAUUUUGAUAACCGCCUGGUGAACCACUUUGUCCAAGAGUUCAAGCGCAAGUACAAGAAGGAUCUGUCCUCAAACGCCCGUUCCCUCCGUCGUCUCCGUACCGCUUGCGAGCGUGCGAAGCGUACUCUGUCUUCCGCCGCUCAAACCUCCAUCGAAAUCGACUCACUGUUCGAGGGUAUCGACUUCUACACCUCCAUCACCCGCGCCCGUUUCGAGGAGCUUUGCCAGGAUCUCUUCCGUUCCACUCUUGAGCCGGUCGAGAAGGUGUUGCGUGACUCGAAGAUCGACAAGGCCAAUGUGCACGAAAUCGUGCUCGUUGGUGGCUCCACCCGCAUUCCUCGUAUUAUCAAGCUUGUGUCUGACUUCUUCAACGGCAAGGAGCCCAACAAGAGCAUCAACCCCGAUGAGGCCGUUGCCUAUGGUGCCGCCGUCCAAGCCGCUAUCCUGUCCGGUGACACUUCGGAGAAGACUCAAGAUCUUCUGCUUCUCGAUGUUUCCCCUCUCUCCCUCGGUAUCGAAACUGCUGGUGGUGUCAUGACCCCUCUGAUUAAGAGGAACACGACCGUGCCCACCAAAAAGUCCGAGAUCUUCUCCACGUACGCCGACAACCAGCCCGGUGUGCUCAUUCAGGUCUACGAGGGUGAGCGUGCACGCACGAAGGACAACAACUUGCUGGGCAAGUUCGAGCUGUCGGGCAUUCCUCCUGCACCCCGUGGUGUUCCCCAAAUUGAAGUCACCUUCGAUAUCGAUGCCAACGGUAUCCUUAACGUCUCUGCCUCCGACAAGACGACCGGCAAGUCGAACCGCAUCACCAUCACGAACGACAAGGGCCGUCUCUCGAAGGAGGAGAUCGAGCGCAUGGUUGCGGAUGCUGAGAAGUACAAGGCGGAGGAUGAGGCUGCCGCCUUGCGCAUCAGCGCCAAGAACGGCCUCGAGUCGUACGCAUACAACCUGCGCAACUCGCUGACAGACGACAAGCUUGCCAGCAAGUUCGACGCUGGGGACAAGGCGAAGUUGCAGGAGGCGGUCGACGAGUGCAUCAAGUGGCUCGACGCUUCCCAGGAGGGCUCCAAAGAGGAGUACGAGGAGAGGCAGAAGGACCUCGAGACCAUCGCCAACCCCAUCAUGCAGAGGUUAUAUGCCCAAGCCGGUGGUGCACCAGGAGGCGCACCCGGCGGCUUCCCUGGCGCCGGCGCCGGCCCAGGAGGUGCACCCGGUGGGUUCGCCGAUGAGCCGAGCGUCGAGGAGGUGGACUAA